UUUUAAUUUGUUUUUUAAUCGUUAGUAACUUUAUGUUCCUAUAAGUAGCAGAGAACUCUAAAGCCAACUUCACAAACUAUAGCCAAACAUGGAAACCGUUGUCUCCAAAUCAAUGGUCGUCGCAGUACAGAGCGUCGUUCCGGUGGAAGUCACGCAACACCGUGAAGUUCGCUCCAUAUCCGUUGGAGAUCCCGUUGGAGCUGGAAUAUUCCGGCGAACACUAAACAUACUUACGUAUUACAAGGAUGCAUGUGAUAGUGGCGAGAGAGGGUGGUUAGUCGCCGGGUGGAUAAAGGAGUCGUUAGGGAGAGCCUUGACUGAGCAGCCGAUGAUUUGUGGUAGACUGCGGCGGAGGAGGAGGACGACAGGAGAGGAAGAUGGUCUGGAGGUGGUGGCCAACGACAGUGGCGUUAGGAUGGUUGAGGCUAGGUUUCCAGCGAGUUUGCCGGAGUUUUUUGAAAUGGUGAAGAAAGACAAACGCAGAGCUGAAGCAGAGACUAUCUUCUGGAGAGACAUUGAUGAAGUUAAUCCUCAGUUCUCUCCAUUGUUCUAUGUUCAGGUGACUAAUUUUGAGAGUGGUGGAUACUCAGUUGGGAUAAGCUGCAGCAUCCUAAUAGCUGAUCUCCUCCUUGAGACAGAUUUCUUGACCAAAUGGGCUCAAAUCCAAAUAUCUUUGGCUCAUUCAAAGACCACACUCACACCAAUCUUCUGUCUCCCACCAGACAUAAGAAACAAUAUCAUCAUUGAACUUCCUAGGUCAGCCUCGGUUCUUGACCGCAGUGAACCCUUUGUUUCCCGAGCCAAAACAUGCUCAAAAAUAUUACCAGUCUGCAUGAGAAAAGCAGUUAAAAACCGCGAAACCGCGAGUGUGGAUGUUUUCUUGUUCAACAAGGAACAAGUUGGUGACAAAAACAGUACUACUGAACGUGAAGGUGUUAAGGUAGAGAUUCACACGAGACACCAAAUGAUUAGCGAUUGCGACUGUGGUGGAAAUUUGGAGGAAACAGAUGUUGGAGUAGUACUUGAUGUGAGUUUAGGGUUUGAGGACAAACUUGAAGGUAAUUCAUGUUGGGUUGGGUCUAUCUCAAAAGGGGUUGUGAUUGUCGUCCCAUCUACUUUCGGAGAUACCAAGUCUAUUGUUGCAUUGCCAAAAAAUGUUACUCAUUAAUAUCAGUGGCAUUACACUUUGUUUUGAAUGUAUAGUUUUAAAAAUGAAAUAAUUGUUGUUUAUUUUAAAGCAAGUCGAAGAUGCCACUAUUAUAAUAAGGUUUUGAGUAUUGAUUUUGUGGUAUCUUGUAAAUGAUAUAUUAAUUUCUGAAUAUGUAUUUUAUCUUGAAAAACA